GGUGCAACUGAAAUUAAACAAAGUAAAAUCAAAGAACUUUUCAAUGGUGCAAAACAACACAACAUUUAUAUAUUGUGCGAGCUAUUUAGAUUAUUAUCUCAAGCAGAUGCAAAAGAUCUGUUCAAGUCAAUAGCUCAUAACUCUACUGUUGAAAUAAAUCUCCCCAAAGAUAUAGAAGAUUACUUAAAAAAUUUGCUUACUGGAGAUAUUGCUAGCAUAUUGACAAAAGCAAAGGAACUUCUCAGUAAUGAUACACAACUGCUUCAACUAUGGAUAAAUGAAAUAUAUAAACAUUUUAUUUGUUAUUAUUAUUACAGAAAUUUGGAGAUAAAUAGGGACAAGAAAACUUGGUCUGGCUAG